GCAUCCGCCUCCAUCCAUCGCUGUCUGCUCCCACACUUCACUCCCACUCCACUCCACUAGUCUAGCUAGCCAAGCCGCCGCGGCCACGGGCACGCGCCGACGCGGCAAAACCCACCACCUCCCCGAGAUCCCUCCCCUUUCGCCGCCUCGCCGCCGGAAUCCUCUCUCGCUCUCUACCCGCGCAGCGGCGAGCGGGGCGAUGGGGUCGGUGUCCCUCAACGUGCCGGCGCCCCGCCGCGGCCGCCGCUUCUCCUGCGCCUGCUCUCCGGCGCUGCUCAACCUGCUCAUGUUCCUCGCCCUCCUCUCCACCAACGUCCUCGCUCUCCUCGCCUUCUUCUCCUCCUCCUCCUCCUCCUCCAGUUCUGCUGUCCACGACCCCUCCGCUGUCUCCGCCGCCGCGGGCGUCGACGUCUCCGCUGCCGCCUCGGCGAUCUCCGACCACGUGGCCGCCAUCGCCCGCGAGAUCGACUCCUCCCACCUGCUGCACCUCCCCGACGGCCUGCCGCCGGAGCUGCUCCUCUUCCUCUCCCCGCACGCGCUCCCGCUGGGCCGCGACGCGCGCACGGGGCUCACCCACAUGCCGGCCUCCGUCGCGCACUCCUGCUUCAGGUCCCCCUCCACGCUCGCCCUCCUCGCCGCCUUCAUGUCCUACGAGCCCCACGCCGCCUGCCCGCGCAACGCCACCCUCCCGCACCGCCUCGUAUCCAAGGCCUGCGAGCCGCUCCCUCGCCGCCGGUGCCUCUCCCGGGGGGCACGCACCCCGCUCCCGGCCUCCAACAUGGGCCUCGACAGCCGCCGCUGGGUCAGGCCGCGCCACGACUACGAGUUCCUCGCCGACGACGUGCUGCGCCUGAGCGCCAUCAGGAUCCGGAUUGGCCUCGACGUCGCCGGCGGCGCCGCCAAUUUCGCCGCCCGGAUGAAGGAGCGCGGGGUGACCAUCGUCACCUCGGUGCUCGACAACGCCGGGAAGCCGAUGAACGAGUUCGUGGCGGCGAGGGGGCUGUUCCCUCUCCUGCUCUCGCCGGCGCACCGGCUCCCCUUCUACGACGGGGUGUUCGACCUGGUGCACGUCGGGACCAAUGCAUUGGACGAAGGUGGCGCGCCAUCGAUGGGGAAUUCCGGCACAGAGGAGGCGCUGGAAUUCUUCAUGUUUGAUGUCGACCGCGUGCUCCGCGUCGGUGGGCUGCUCUGGAUUGACAGCUACCUGUGCCAUAGUGAAGAGAGGAGACGAAUUGUUGUGAAGCUCAUUGAGAGGUUUGCUUACAAGAAGCUCAAAUGGAUGGUCGGAGAGAAGGCCAGCACCAGCAGCUCAAAGACAGCAUUGUACCUCUCGGCAUUGUUGCAAAAGCCGUCAAGGGGUUGAGGUUGAACUGAUGGAUGAAUUGCUCCAAUCUUAUCACUUGAUCCGAGGAAGAAAAGGAGAUGGAAUGAUGAUGAUCAUGAAGAUUUUCAUUUGUUAUAUGUCUUGUGUGGUCCCUCUGAUGAAGCUACAUUUUUCCUUUUGGGUUGUGAAUAGUGUAUUGCAUAGCUUUUCCAAUGGAUAUGUUCUUCUGGAAAGCUGAGGACUUGAGGAUCUAGAUUCCACUCUUUAUAAAUUUUUUUCUGGUGCUAACACAACCAGAAUCCUUUGAUCUGUAAUGAGGCCUGAAAGGUGUGAAACCACAUAACAGAAGAACAUGUAAAAGAAUAUCCUUCCUACAACUUUUCAGUUGGCUGCCCAAAAUUAUUGUUUGAGCUUAUGCUUGGAUAUUACUAUAAGCU